AUGACCACCUUGCCCCUCCCCACCCGCCUGGCAACCCCAACCGAUGGCCCUCAAAUUAGAGACCUAGUCGAAUCCGCCUUCCGCGCCACCGACACUCGCCCCAACUGGACGGGUGACCUCGCCCUGGGAGCGCGCUUCCACGUCACGGUAGACGACAUCCUCACCCGCAUCACGGAGGAAGAUAGUGCAAUCCUCAUCGCCACCGCCGCCGACGUCGACUCCAAUGAUGCGCCCAUUAUCGCCUGCGUCAGCAUGCGCAGGCACGCGCCCGGCCUCGCUCGACUCUCGUACUUGGCGGUUAAUCAAAGGUAUCAGCAGGGGGGUCUUGGACGAAUGAUUCUGAGUCUCGCGGAAGGCCAUUGCCGCGACGUCUGGGGGGUGAAGCGGGUGGGAUUAAAUGCGUUAGAUACGCGGUUGGCGCUGAUAAGGUGGUAUGAAAGGUGCGGGUAUGCGCCCACUGGCGAGGUGACGAGGUUUCACUUGCCGCCGGAUGUGCUGUCUUUUGUGGAGAUGGAGAAGGGGGUGGAGGGGGUGGUUAGGCUGAGUUGA